CUCUAUCAGCCUCUCACUCCGUCUCAAUAUGUCUCAAGAUGGCGGCCAAUGCGGGAUCGAUGUUUCAAUAUUGGAAGCGCUUUGAUUUACAGCAGCUGCAGAGAGAACUGGACGCCACUGCUACACUACUGGCUAACAGACAGGAUGAAAGCGAGCAGUCCAGGAAAAAACUCAUCGACCAGAGCCGCGAAUUCAAGAAGAACACACCAGAGGAUCUUCGCAAGCAGGUAGCUCCACUGCUCAAGAGUUUUCAGGCCGAGAUUGAUGCAUUGAGUAAAAGAAGCAAAGAAGCAGAGGCUGCCUUCUUGAAUGUCUAUAAGAAACUGAUUGAUGUCCCAGAUCCGGUCCCUGUGCUGGAACUUGGGCAGCAGUUACAGCUGAAGGUUCAGCGAAUGCACGACAUCGAGACAGAAAACCAGAAACUCCGUGAGACCCUGGAGGACUACAACAAGGAGUUUGCUGAGGUCAAGAAUCAGGAGGUCACAAUUAAAGCGCUUAAGGAGAAGAUUCGGGAGUAUGAACAGACCCUGAAGAACCAGGCAGAGAGCCUGGCCCAGGAGAAAGAGCAGCGCCUCCAUAACGACUAUGCAGAGAAAGAGAGGAAGUUGCAGGAGUCGCAGGAGUCCAUGGCCUGCAGGCUGAAGGAGGCGGAGCAAAAGGCCCAGAGCCUGCAGACAGCACUCGAAACGACACAGGCAGAGCUGUUCGACCUGAAGACCAAGUAUGACGAGGAGUCCACAGCAAAGGUGGAUGAGAUCGAGAUGGUUAUGACUGACCUUGAGCGAGCCAAUCAGAGAGCAGAGGGUGCCGAGCGAGAAGCAGAAGCCCUGAGGGAGCAGCUCACGGCGGCCAACAAGUCCCUGCAGCUGGCCACGCAGAUCGAGAAAGCUCCAGAGGUGGAGCAGGCGGUGGAGGUGGUGUCGCGCUCCAGCCUGGAGGCGGAGCUGAGUGCUAAGGAGAGGGAGAUGGUGCAGCUGGUGGAGGACGUGCAAAGACUGCAGGCCAGUCUGGCCAAACUCCGGGAAAACUCCUCCACUCAGAUCAGCCAGCUUGAGCAGCAGCUCAGUGCAAAGAGCGCCACCCUCAAGCAACUGGAAGAGAAGCUGCAGGAGCAGGCGGACUACGAGGAGGUGAAGAAAGAACUGAGUAUCCUUAAGUCCAUGGAGUUUGGGCCGUCGGACAGCGCCUCUAUGCAGGACUCGUCCAAGCCACUGGAGGUCUUGCUGCUGGAGAAGAACCGUGGUCUCCAGUCGGAGAACGCCUCCCUGCGUAUCGCCAACGCAGAGCUGGGUGGACGUUACACAGCGCUCCAGGUGGAGUUCACGGCUGCGGUGAAGACCAGUGCUGAGCAGAAGGACCUCAUCUUGAAGUUGGAGCAGGAUCUGAGCACAAUCCAGACCAUGUCCUCCCUGCCACGCCCUGACACUGAGGGGGCAGACCUGAGUGGUAUGGACGGAAUCCCAGAACCUAUCAAGGAGGCCACAGCUCUGUUCUCAGGUAUGGGCGGCUCCUCCCAAGCUGAGCUACCUCAGGGUCAGAUGGACUCUCUGCUCUCCAUCAUCUCCAGUCAGAGAGAGAGAUUCCGAGCUCGCAACCAGGAGCUGGAGGCUGAGUCUCGUUCCCUGCAGCAAACCCUCCAGGCGUUGCAGAGUGAGCUGGACAGCCUGCGUGCUGACAACAUCAAGCUGUAUGAGAAGAUCAAGUUCCUGCAGAUCUACCCGACCAGAGCUGCAGGGACUGAUGACACAGUCAUGCGCUACUCCUCCCAGUAUGAAGAGAGGCUGGACCCAUUUGCCUCCUUCAGUAGGAAGGAGCGCCAGAGACGAUACCUGAGCCUCAGCCCUUGGGACAAAGCCACCCUGAGCCUGGGUCGUGUCAUCUUGUCCAAUAAAAUGGCCAGAACUGUUGCUUUUUUCUACAUUCUCUUCCUGCAUUGUUUAGUCUUUCUGGUACUCUAUAAAACAGCCUGGAGUGAAAGCAUUGGCCGAGAUUGUGCUGCAUUCUGUGCUAAGAAGUACUCGGAUCAUCUGCACCGUUUCCAUGAGAACGGGGACAACCCAGAUAUGUGGCAGUGAUGUCUCACACAGGACAAAUGAUGCUGUGUUCAGAGCCGCCUCAAACUCUCAGCUUUCUAGUUACCAGGUUCUAACAUUGUUUUCAGUGGGUGCUUCUACAAAAUUAGAAAUGCUCUUUAAAUUUAAGGCUACCUUGUCCUACGUGGUUUCUCAGUAUAUCCUUUUGCUAUAACGAUAUGUCUAGUAACUAGGGGCAGAACUAAGUUUAAAAAGCCCUGAAAAAAAAUUAAGGAAAUUACAUGGCACAAUUACACAUUAAAAUCAGUCAAUUUGAAAUGUAUUUGUAACUUCCAUCUGAGAAGACGCAUCAGUAAAACUUGUGUUUUCAGUAGCUCUUAAACCAGAGCAUGCACACAUCGUUAGGACAGCGGCCUAGUAUCCCGCUUCAGAUGUCUGCAUUAGCUGCAUGUAGCCACGAGAGGGCGUGAGUUUUGUUUGCGCUUAGUUUCCUUUCACGUUAGACUCCCGUAACUCUUGAUUCCACACGAAUCUGACAUCUAAUGAACUCGGAGAUACAUUUUGAGAAUGAUUGCUGUGUUGAUUCAAAAAUAUCAUUCCAGAUAACAGUACCAAACCUAUAAUACUUUAAUAUGGUGAUUGUGGAUCUUUAGAAAGAGGGGAUCAGAUUAUCGGUGAAUCUGAAUCAUAUAGUAGGAGAUUAAAUUAGGGUGAUUACAGUAUAGAGAUGAGUCUGUGGUGGCUUUUUCUUCCACAAUCCCUAAAUGCUCGGUGUAGUGUUAGAAACAUUAUACACGAGCAGUUACUAUGAUUCAGCCUCAACCACAAAUCACACUUUGAUGAUGGGGUCAUUGACUUUUGUUCUUAUGCAAUAUCUUAUUAGGAAGAGUUAAUAAACAUGUUAAAAUUAUGGCAUAUUAAAGAAUUUGUUAAAUGGUUUUAACUGGUUGAAUGGUUAUGCUGUCUCAUGCGUUUAAUGUAAUCUGCAACCUUGGGGGAAUGAAGUGCUAAUGUCAAGAUUUAUAUGUUGAUGACCCAUGAGAAAAACAUCAAGAAAUCUUGAAAAUGCCAGUGGAAACCUGAAUGAACUUAGAUGCAAGAUCCUGUUCUUUAAUCAUAUCGGUAUGUCACCUUAUGGUCCAAGGUCUUUGUUUCCUCUUGCAUCUAUGUGGUCAGCUCUGUCUUUGUCAGUUAUUUCUCUGAAUAGCAAAAUAAAAGCGUUGAGCAUCCUG